UUCCUGUUGUUCCUGACCAUAGCAAAAGACAAAAGACACCAACUUACAAAAACAACACCACAAACUCCAUCAUCACCAUGUCUGAGCCUGCUCCUCUCCGUCUGGGCUCCGUUGCCCCCAACUUCCAGGCCGAAACCACCCAGGGCCCCAUUGACUUCCACGAGUUCGUUGGCAACAACUGGGUCGUCUUCUUCUCCCACCCUGAGGACUACACGCCCGUGUGCACCACCGAGCUGGGUGCCUUUGCCAAGCUGCAGCCCGAGUUCGAGAAGCGCGGCGUCAAGCUCAUCGGCCUGUCGGCCAACACCGUCGACUCCCACAAGGGCUGGAUCGACGACAUCAAGGACGUUACUGGCGGCCACGUCACUUUCCCCAUCAUUGGCGACAAGCAGCGCCAGGUUUCCCUGCUCUACGACAUGAUCGACCGCCAGGACGCUACCAACGUCGAUGAGAAGGGCAUUGCCUUCACCAUCCGCUCCGUCUUCUUCAUCGACCCCAGCAAGAAGAUCCGCACCAUCCUGUCCUACCCUGCCUCUACCGGCCGCAACGCCAACGAGGUCCUGCGCAUCAUCGACUCCCUGCAGACGGGCGACAAGUACCGCGUCACCACCCCCAUCAACUGGCAGCCCGGUGAGGACGUCAUUGUCGCCCCCGUCAUCAAGGACGAGGAGGCCAAGAAGCUGUUCCCCAACUUCCGCGCCGUCAAGCCCUACCUCCGCUUCACUCCCCUGCCUGAGGUUUCUUAGAUUGGGAGGAGCUGGAAAGCCUUUGAAUUAAAAAAAUAUAUACAUAUUAAUAAACCCAAAAAAAAGCCUAAUUUUGGAAAAACAUAUCAUCGGUCUGCAAUGAGAUGAAAGUUGUCAGAGAAGAAAAAAGGUUCCGCUAAUCGUGCAAAGUUACGGCAUGGCGCUUGGGACGGUUUUUAUCAGAAGCAUGUCACUGAUGUCAAAGUAGUUGUUUGUGCCACGAAAAGCCAGAUGACAUGCAUCUCUCAUCAUGGCCUCUGGGGGGCUUUUAGAUUGGGGGGCAACGACCAUGAUUUUGAAUAAUAAAAAGAUACCAAUUUUUCUUUCUUUCUUAUAACCAUUGUGUCUACCUUGUCAUCAAUGUGUA